CCAGACUUCGCCAUGUCGGGCAGCAUCGUCCGCUUCACCUCGUCCACCCUGUGCUCCUCGCCGUCCCACCGUACGCCCGCACUCGUUCCCUCAUCCAAGCUCACUACUCUUCGGCACCCAAUAUCGCCCAUCGUUUCGUGACGCGCCACGCUGGUCCCGAGUUCGCGUUGAUCCAAAUUAUCACAGCGGUAAAUUCCAGGCUUGCGACACGAAGCGUUUCAACCCUUCGAGCCCUAUUGCCCUUUCGUUCAGAUCGCCACCUCAACACGCGCGCUUGUUUGAGCCACGAUCCUCCACGCCAGGAUCCUUUGCGUCAGAGUCCUCGAAAAUUGAGACGGCUAUUGGGCUUGAGGCUGUCCUGCAACGUGGACCGAGCCCGGUGGCACGUUUGAGAGUUUGUGCGGAUGGAGGAAACACCCGGACUCGAUUCCUCCAUUACAUUGUGACGCGUUUGCUGGCCUUAAUUCACUCGUUUGACCCGUUUGUUUUGCGUGAUCCAUUGUUGACAAUCUCAGAUGCUCCCAGACAAUCUGAAGGAUUGAUAACUCUGUCAGAAGAUUAGUGUGGAUAUUGCUUUAACUGUGACAUUUCUUCCUUCACACCCUGUUCUGCACACCUCUGAACGCUCCUCAAGUCCUGAUCUGUAUGGGAUCCUGAGUGUUUCUUUGAGCGCAACUACAAUAUCAGUGUUGCUUUCCACUCAUUGCUCAGACUUCAGUCGGGUGGCCAAAGCCAACAAUGGUUGCUUCGUUCUCACCGCACCGUGACGCGGGCGGCACUCUACACUUCCCUUCACCAUCUGGUCUUCACCAUUCACACACCAGCUCUGCGCUGAACCAGCUCCGUCGCUCGCUUUCCAGAUCGCCCUCCAAAGGAGCUGACUUUAGACUCCUCUCGCCGUCAAGGUUGCAUACUUCACCUGUGAAGCACGCGCAAUUUAUUUCUUCCCUCUCUCCGUCAAAGCGAGCGUCCUCUCAAGGGAACCUAUUAUUCGUUUCUACAGGAACCUCACCGCCUGUUGCCAUCCCCUUCUCACCGAGCGCGAGGCUUCAUCGUCCCGGAAUUCGACGACACGGUAGUCUAUCCUCAACUAGAUUGAGAAUGUUGCCGUCAAGCCCCGCAAAACGUAUCCUCGCCGAGUCUCGCGACCACGGAAAUGCGGUAUCUUCCCAAGGCAUCGCAAAGGAAAAUUUGGAGAAUAAAUCGGUUCUUCCUGCAAUAACGACGGAACCUCUCACCUCCCAGGAAAAUUCUACCAGCUGCGUGUCUCCAACAGAGCCGCUCGAGAGCGUUUCCGUACCAAAACUAGCACCGACGAGAAUAGAGAAACGGCGAAGUGGAAAUUUCGGUUCAGUUAGCCCACUAAAACGCGGGGACGGACCCAUGAACCUGGAUCAACAGAAUUUCGGAAGUCCUGUGGCCAAACGAAGAAGUGUCCAGGUUGCAAAUUUUAGCACCGAAUUUGAUCUCUUUGAAAAUAACGUCGAGGCUUCGAACGAUCAGUCGAAGAACGACACUGAAGAGCCCGAAUAUCAUACCCCUCUCUUUCCCCAAUCCCCAUCCCUAUUCUCCAAUAUUCCAAAACGAUCAUCUUCCUUGCGAAGAUCUACUCUUCAACAGCGUCAAAACGAUCGCCUCCUUUUUUCCCGCAGUAAGACUACUCCUGACCAAAGUCCUGAGAUCCCACCAACGACCCCAAUGGUUCUGCGCAGUCGCCAGCGCAUGUCUCUCGAAAGCAACAUAUUUUCUCCCGCGAAACGUGACGCUUUUACCCCAUCAAACGGAAUUUUUGCAAGCACCUCUACUCCAGCUCCUUCGCAGUUUACGGGGUUCGGACAGCCCAUACCCAGUGCACACCCUCUAUCAAGAACUAUCACACAGUCUUCUUCAAGCUCCAGUCUGGCAGAUGACUCUCCCACCCAUGCACCGGUUCCUGCUAGGCCUGGAAGCCCCCAUCCUAUUCUCAAUUUCUCCAAAUCUCUUCCAGCUGGGACCUCGAGACCACUUGUUUCCAGCCGCCUCCAACAUGAAGAAUCUAAUGCCUCCGACUCUUCAUUUGCAACACCCGAAAAUUACAGGCUUGUAAAGCCGCUGCCAGCGGCAUUCAUGUCUACGGGUCUGAUCUCGAAAAAGAAUAGAAAUGCUCCGGAUGCUCACAAUGCGUCUUUUGUUAGCAAGAACAUGCCAGAUACGCCAUGCAAACGAACUUCAACUAUGUUACCAACACGAAAGCCUUUCGCUCAAUGUUUCGAUGGCGAUACGCCCAAUUUCAGGGCCUCAGGCUCCCCUUGGACCCCGACCAACACCUCAACCGUCGCUGGCAAAACCCCUGCACCCAAGGGCAUGGGUAUUUUUGGUAGAAGUUUUAUUAAGCCCGCACUUUCCCGUCGAGGAAGCAUUGUUAGUAUAGAUGGUGACGAUAGCCCUCAUUUUCAUUCUCCUUCCAUGAACCAUGAUAGCCAGCUGGCUAUGGAUUCGGACCUGCCACCAACUCCUACCAAGAAAACUUUUGGGUCUUCAUUAUCUCAGUUUUCCGGUUCGCAAGCCCAGAGUAUAAACCAUACACCCGGGUCAACAUUCGAAUCAGGAGCUGGCCCCGGACCCUGUUCGAGCCCGCUUAACCGUAAAUCGAUUGAUCACAUGUCUCCUCAUACUCCUCAAGAACACAUCUUACCUCCUGAUCCCAGUGGAUUGUCAAUUUCGAAUAAUGAUCAUAACUUUGGGCAGGGUUCUCAUUCUGUUAACCUCCCUGCUACACCAACUGGCCCGCGAGAAUAUUUCUCCAACCUUGGGAAACGCUCCACAAUUUCACUUGGCGGCUACAACGCACCAGACGUCGACCAGUGUCUAACUUCCCGGUUCGACAAAGUUGAACUUAUAGGUACCGGGGAAUUCUCACAGGUAUACUGCGUGACCGAGCGCCAGUCAGUUACCCCUUUCCAGGCGAAUAUGUCCGGAUCCUCAAGGAAACCGACGUCCCCGCAACGUCUGUGGGCUGUAAAAAAGGCUAAGCAGCCUUUUACCGGAGUGAAAGAUCGUGAGAGAAAAAAUACGGAAGUCGUGAUACUGGAAGCCCUAACGAACUCUGACCACGUUAUCUCCUUUGCUGAUAGCUGGGAAUACAAUAACCAUCUCUAUAUUCAGACUGAAUUCUGUGAGGAGGGCAGCCUUGAUGUUUUCCUUUCACAAGUGGGUCUUAAAGCCAGGCUUGAUGAUUUCCGUAUCUGGAAAAUUCUCUUGGAGCUGUCACACGGCCUGAAAUGCAUCCAUGAUGCGGGUUUCAUUCAUCUAGACUUGAAACCCGCAAAUAUUUUGAUCACUUUCGAAGGUGUUCUGAAAAUUGCAGACUUUGGCAUGGCAACUCGCUGGCCUGCUUCAGAAGGUAUUGAAGGGGAAGGCGACCGGGAAUAUAUUGGCCCAGAGGUUCUUAUGGGAAGAUAUGAUAAGCCAGCAGAUAUCUUUGCACUCGGGCUCAUUAUGUUCGAGAUUGCUGGCAAUGUGGAGUUGCCUGAUAAUGGAGUAUCGUGGCAAAAACUUCGAAACGGCGAUAUGAGCGACGUUCCCAGUUUGACCUGGAGUUCCGAGACUAGCAUCCUCCGUGACGCUUCUGGGAACCCAUUGUCAAACAGUUGCUCAUUCGAUGAGUUGUACUCGGCAGAAGAACCGUUGACUCUUGACAUGCUUUCAGGGAAACACAAUCCGAUUAAAACUCAACCAAAUCUGGGGUCAGCUCGUAGCGGCGAACUUUCCGAACCUCCGGAUUUCAUGAUUAACCCGAACAGUGAGGGUGCCCUUGAUAAAAUUGUUCGAUGGAUGAUCUCGCCUGACCCGAUUGAUCGACCUGUGGCCGACCAAGUCAUUCAAUCUCUCGGCGUCCAAUGGACGGUGCGACGUCGCCGUGCCGGUGCCACGAUCUACGAGGGAAACUGGGGCCCAGCUGACGAAGUACUUGUUGAAGACGCCGAAAUGAUCGAUGUCUAGACGUCAGUUUGGCUCUUCUAGCGGCGUUCUUUGCAUAAGACAUUUGCACAAGCGGGGUUACCAGGGGCGUUUCGUGGACUUCAACUGUACAUUUAACCGGAUACCUUUGUGGUUCGACAUCAUUUGGGACGUUUUUUACGGGAUUUCUAGGAACGGCUAACAUUUCCUCUUAUCAAUGGCCACGGAGGUAAAAAAAAAAGGGGGGGCGGAUCCGGCCACAACUUUACACUAUUUAAUGAGUUUCCUUUCCUCUACACUUGCAUUUAACGUGCAACAUGCAUUCGGAAGAAGCAUCCUUUGACAUUUCUACUUCGAUACCAUGUUUUGUUAAGAUGAUUAUUAUUCCCCUUUGCUGCUUUUUGCAUCUACUUGGCAGGUCAUUCUAGGCUCUCUUGAACCUUUUUUUUCUUUUUUUAAUAUCAAUACUGUCUUGCCUGCUUUUUUCCUAUUGCACGACCGACCUCUGUCACCCCAUCGGGCACGAAUUUCCUUUUUAUUCUCUGUAUCAAGUUUCUAAACUUUUUAGGGCACAGCCUAUUCCUUGCCUUUUCUUUAACUAGACCUGUCAAUUAACACUACUUGAUACCAUCCUGUCUGUACAAUAACCCCUGAUAGAAUGAAUGAUGAUCCAGCCAGUUCAACCAAC